AUGCGAGCAGGCUACCUUGAGAGCGAUCGCGAAUGGGUUGCGUGUCUGGAAGAAGCCUCGCUCUUUCAGAUGCCGUACCAGCUUCGUCAACUCUUCGCUACGAUUCUGCUGUAUUCCAUGCCAGCAGAUACGAAGGAUCUCUGGGAUAAAUUCUACGACGAAUUGGCUCGCGAUUACGAGUACCAGUACCGCGAGCUGACCAACAAAGAACAAAUGGUAAAGUUCAAGACCCUUCACAGCCUCCACGAGUUCCUCACGGCAGGUGGGAUGGCUCUGUCGGACUUUGACGACCUCCCGCAGCUUUCCGAGUACCCACACUUGGUCUUGGACUCGCUGCUUGCGAAGAACCAUAUCCGCCGCGAAGUGGAAGGAUAUGAUAGAAACGAGCUACAAGACAUCGUAGAAGAUGCUGACAGACUCAACACGAACCAGACAGAAAUCUACGACGAAAUUGUUGGCUCAGUCGAAGACAGUCAACCCGAUCAAAAGCUGUUCUUCAUCGAUGGUCCGGGCGGCACGGGGAAGUCCACGCUGCUCAACCAUGUGCUGGCGAAGAUACGUCUUCAAGGCAAGAUUGCGAUUACUGUUGCUUCCAGCGGCAUUGCCUCGCUGCUGCUUCCAGGCGGCCGUACCGCACAUUCCACGUUCAAGAUCCCGUUGAAACCGACGAACAUAUCCACAUGCUUCAUUCGAAAACAGUCCAAGCUCAAAGCAUUUAUCAAGGAGGCAAGUCUUAUCGUUUGGGAUGAAGCCCCAAUGACGCACCGGUUUGCGUUUGAAGCGGUGGAUCGCACGCUUCGCGAUAUUUUGGACAAUCUGCAUGAACCGUUUGGAGGCAAAGUGGUUGUCCUGUCCGGUGACUUUCGACAGAUUCUUCCAGUUGUCAAGAAAGGAACACCAGCUGAUACUGUGGAUGCGUGUUUCAAGUCGUCCGACCUGUGGUCCCACUUCAAGCAAGUUCAUCUGACUGUGAAGAUGAGAGUCCAGUGUGCAGAGAACCAAGAAUCAGCCGCAGAACUUGCUGCCUUUUCAGAUUUUCUUUUGGAAGUCGGAGAGGGUAGGCAUGAAGUUGAUCCAGACCUCGGUCCGGAUUGCAUCAAGAUUCCGCGUGCCAUGGUGAUCGACAAUCCUCAAUACGACCCAGACAUCGACGGAGAUGAGGACGGCAGUCAUCUGCCCGUUCCACUCGGGUUGAAGAGGAUUGUCGAUGCCAUGUACAGUGCAGAUGAAUUGAAUUACCCUACGGUGGCAACGAACGACUACUUCGCUCGCCGCACUAUUCUGACGCCGACCAACGCCGCUGUGCAGCGAGUGAAUGAGGCUGUCGCGGAUCGCCUCAGAGAAGCUCCACAAGUGUACCUGUCUACAGAUUUGGUUGAGGACGACGAGAGAGCAGGGUCAGCAUUCUUUGAGACAGAGCUCCUUAACUCGGUGAACAUCAACGGGGUUCCGCCACACAAGUUGAUCCUCAAGAAAGGCAUCCCAGUGAUGAUGAUGCGCAACUUGAACCCGGACGCUGGCCUGUGCAACGGAACACGGCUUCGCAUCGUGGAAAUGAAGCCACACGCCAUUCGCGCGACUAUCAUGACAGGAACCCAUAACGGUAAGGAGGUGUUGAUCCCUCGGAUCAUCUUCAUCAGCGACGACGACACGAAGGACUUCCCAUUUCGACUUCGGCGCAAACAGUUCCCCAUUGUCCCAGCCUUCGCGAUGACCAUCAACAAGGCGCAAGGGCAAACUGUUCACAACCUGGGAUUAUAUCUACCAACGCCAUGUUUCUCGCACGGCCAACUGUACGUGGCACUAUCGCGAGUCACGGCAAGAUCCAACAUCAAGGCGCUUAUUGAGGGACCUGACGACGAGGAGGAAGACGGAGUGUACACGAAGAAUAUCGUGUAUCGCCAGAUAUUUCAAUAA